UCCAGCGACAGGAGCACCCACCAUGCCCAGCACGAAGCAGUCGACACUCAUCCGACCGACACCUGGACAAGAGCGGACUGAUGCAGGGUUUCGUGCAUGUAUGGCCUCUCGCUUUCCGGAUAUGACCCAGGAACAGCUGGAUGCGUUGGUUGCGGUGUGGCACGCCGGCGUACUUCCAGGCCUCAUGUUCCGCAAUGAAGCGUUGUUCACGACGUACAUUGUCCCUUUGCUGCAGCUGGCUACGCCUUCUCACUCAACUAUCAUCGAACAUGUGCGCACCUCUGCGUCCAAGUCGAACGAUGCAUCCGUGAAUGCGCUUCUUGAUCACAGCAACCUUGCAUCAACAUCUCCCGCAUUGCACAUCGAUCACAACGAUGGCUUCCGCAUCGUCGGGUCUAUUGGAGAGUACGUCGCCGUGCAUUGGCGAGGCCUUCCCGACGCUUACGACACGUUUGUCCUCCGAUCAGAACUUCCGUCCACGUCACCUUCGUCUUCCAUCGAUACGAUCCAAGCGCUGACGUUGCCGUCUCUGGUCGUGUCGUCCGACUUCCACCACGCCGUGGCUACAUAUACCCCCCUAUGGGUCAACCCGUUGGACUUUGCCGUGGAAACGCCGUCGUCGUCUACAACAGCCAAAAAGAUCCACUCACACGACGACCAACCUCAGGCCAAGAAGCCUCGCGUGGAUCCGUCGAUCUUGCAACGUCUGCAAGGCGAUGCCGCCGCUGCCGUCGCGACUCUACUCACCGACGCCGCCGCCUCUAUCGACGAGUCCUCGAACGUCCUGUACGGCCAUCUCGCGCCCACGGCGGCACCGCCACUCAAGGCCACGACCGUGCUGACAGUGGACCAGCCAUCCGUGGUCGUGCCGAGCUGUAGUCGUUGGUUUUCCCUCCACUCGAUCCACCCGCUCGAGAAGCGCAUGCUGCCAGAGUUCUUUCAAGACAACAAAGCCAAACCCCCCACGGUGUACAUGACGUACCGCAACUACAUGGUCAACGCAUCGAGGGCGGCACCUCACGUGUACUUGACGGCGACCGCGUGCCGCCGAAACCUCGCCGGCGACGCCUGUGCAAUCCUCCGCGUCCACGAGUUCCUCAUGCACUGGGGCUUGAUCAACUACCACGUCCCUGCCCACGCCGCACCGCCGCUUCAGAACGACGUACCAUCUCUGGCUUCCUUUGACCUCACUCAUUUGUCGUCCUCGGAAUCUAUCGGCUAUCCCCAGCUCAAGGCGGCAUCAUCCGUAUGCGAAUCGUGCGCCGAGGCCCACCCCGUACAGUUUGAGCUCACGGUGGACGCCAAGCGGAAGGAGCGCCUUGUGCAGCAUGGACUUCCCCAUCGCAAGUUGGAUGCAUGGGGGGCCCGUCCCGGGUCGGGCGUGUGCGGCGCCUGUUUUGCCGGCCGCAAGUUUCCAUCACACUUGGACCCAUCCGACUUUACCGCGUUGGCGCCCGUGUCGACAACGACCAACUGGACGGCGGUCGACAAGCGCCGGCUUCUGGACGCGCUCACAGACGUCGAUACGUCGCAACCAGUCGAUUGGAAUGACAUUGCCAUGCGCGUGGGCCGCCCGGCCAAGGAGUGCCUCGCGCAGUUUUUAAAGACACCUCUUGAACAACGGGAAACCAACCCAAGCGAACUGCACGACAGACUACAGACGUAUCCCCACGUCACCGCCGUGCCCGACUUGGCGGGUAUCGUGGCAAGAGCUGAUCCGUCGCUCGCCAAGGCGGCGGCGGCGGCGGCGAUUGUGCAGUUGGAACAGCUGAAUAAACAACGCGGGGGAGCUGUCGUCGCCCAGGGCCAGCCGCACUCGGUUGCAGCUGCCGCGCAAGCUUUGGCCAAGACGGCGUCGAUCGCAGGCAUGACUACUGUCAAGGGGGAAGCCACACAUGAAGCCGCUGCCGAAGCUCACACGACCGCCGCCACCGCCGUCGCCGUACUCGCCGCGAAAGCUCAGGUCUGUCAGUCCACCAACCUCACGUAUUUCAGCGAACAUGUGGUGGAUUCUUCUUAUGAUCAAGGGUAUUGCCAAGCACGAAGACGAUACAGUCAAAAGCCUUGUGGGCACGUUGCUACAAUGCCAAAUGCAGCACAUUCAAUUGAAACUCCAAGCAUUGGACCAGCUGGAAUCCGCCUUGCAAGCUGAACGCGAUCAGGUGGCCAAGGAGCGCUACGAAUUGUACGUGGACAAGCUCAACACGGCCCAAGCCAAGUUGUCUGCUGCGACCGACGAAAUAUAACACCAGAGACGACAACGAUAAGAGGUAGAGGUCUUUAGUGUUAACAAGAACUCGACCAAAACGGCA